AACACAAACAAUCACAUUAGUGUGCGUUUUCAGAUUGUUUUUAGUUUUAUUUCUUAUUAUUAACAAAGUGACCCAGAAAGAUGAGCGAAACGGUUGCAGAAACUGCAGCAGCAGCAGAAAAUGACGAGCAAGAAGACGACUCAAUGGAAACGCUGCAAGUGGAGGAGGAAGACGAGAAAAAUGUUUCCGCUGAAGAUUUGCUGGGUGGCAAGAGUCUAAUGAUGUCGGACAGCGACAAUGAAGAGGAACCGCAGCUGGCGUCCAAGAGCAGAAGACAGCGACUGCUGGACAGCGAUGAGGAGGAGGAGCAGAAGGAAAAAUCUGUGCAGCAGAAGGAGGAGGAGCAGGCGGAGGCACAGAUGUCGCCCAUAUCCAGCAGACAGCGUCUGCCAGACACUGAGGAGGAAGCUGAAGUUGUAAACGACAAGGCAGGGCAGCAAAUCUCUUCGCCGAAGUCCAGCAGGCAGCGAUUUGCAGCCAUUGAUGAGGAGGAUGAGGAGGAAAUGGCGCCCAAGAUGAGGAAGAAGAUUUCUGCUCUCAUCGAUACGGACAGUGAGGAGGAGCCGCAGAUGGCAGAGGAGCAGCCAAAGAAGCGAAAGAAGAAGCUGACAAAGAAAAAGAAGCAACGAAUGGACAGCGAGAGCGACGGGAACAGCGACAGCCACGACGAAUCCCAAAAAGAACAAAGCGAUGAGGCAGCCACUCCCCCGAAGAACAAACUCAAAGGUUUAGUGGACUCGGAAUCCGAACCAGAGCCAGGGAAUGACUCGGGCGAAGAGCAGGAGAAUGCCACGGAAGGGCACGCCGAGAAACCCAAGAAAGCCAAGGCCAUGCGGGCAUCGGCCAAGCAAGCGCUAGACAACAUGCAGGCCAUCCAAAGCGAGCAACAGCGGCUGCAUCGCGAGGCGCACAUCAGUGUGCCCUACCACCAGCCCAAGCCGCGCACGCUGAAGGAGUUCCUCAGCCGCCGCACCAUCAACACGCCGCUGGCCACGGCCCUGGCUGGCGGCAGUCCUAUGCCCAGCAAACAGCCGAGGAAAUCCUUGGGCCUGCGCAUGAAUCGAGAGGAACUGGAGGCAUAUGCCAAACUGAUGGAGGAACGCGCCAAGGAGGCCACAGAGUUCUUUAAGUCCGAAUCGGAGGGCGAGGAAUCCGACGAGCAUGAAGCGGCGACUGCUGAGGAGAUGCAAGAGAAGCCUGAGGUGAUGGAUGAAGCGGCGACUGAGGCAGAAAGCUUGAACGAGGUAGAGCAACAGGCAGCGGAAACAGCAAGCGAGGAGAUCACAGCAGACUUGCCCAUGGAGCAGCAGCAGGAGGAGCCUCAGGAGGCUGAGCCUGUGGCCUCCACUUCCGCCGCCGCAGCAGCUGCUUUGAGGUUCGCGCGAAUCAACGAAUAUCUGCCACAGCCAGAGGUGCGAGAAUGUCUCGUCACGGAGGUGCUGGAGCUGCCCAAACUGGACUUAAGCACAAUAACUGCCACGACGCCGCCCUCCAAGCCUGCAACGCCACGCCUAAGCGAGGCCAUCCGACGGCUGAAGAUCGAGAAGAGCGCGGAUGUGAGUCCCUCGUUGAGGGGCGAUGCCACAAUGCUGAUUGAUCUGGAGACGGGCGACAUGUUUGCCAAGAAACCCACGGGGGUGGACGAUCUGCUGCAGCGACUGAUGAAAACGCGCGAGGCCAAGAAGCACAAGGCCACGGAGACUGUCAACAUUCUGUCCACGGCGCAUGGCAAACUGGAAAUGUCCAAGGUGAACAUUCAGCUGCAUGAGGAGGAGCCCGUGCACAAGGAUGCGGCGCCUGGUGCGGCCUAUGCCAAAAUGCAGGAGCAGCUCAAGUCGCGCAUCACGCAGAAGCGCAUGGAAGAGCUGCGCAAAAAGCAAGCCGAGGAAGAGGCGCAAGCAGCGGAAGAUGACGAAGAGAUGGGCAUGGAUGUGGACGAGGACGAGGAGGAGGAGGAGGAGGAGUACGAGCCGGAGGAGAAGCCUUGCGCGCGUCAAGUGCACAUCAAUGAGGAUGAGGAGAUAGUGGAGGAAGCGGCAGCUGCAGAGGAUCUGCUGCCAUUGGAUGAAGAAGUGGAGGAACUCGCAGCUGACUCCUCAAGCAGCAGCGAAAGCGAGCCAGAGGCUGAGCCAGCAGCGUGCAAGAAGCGAAAUCGCAUCAUCAAAGCCUUCCCGGACGAUGACAACUCCGAUGAGGACGACUUGGACUUGCUGCAAACGCCGAAGCCGCCCAGCAAUGCCACACCCAUGACGGCCACGCAGCUGCAGCUGUCCGCGCACAAACUCUUCGAGGCGGAGACGCGACGCACGGCCAGCGACGAGGAGAACGAGCUGCUCGAUCUGUGCUCUGGACAGUUUCCGCAGUCCCAAAUGGCGUCCUCAGCAGCGCCCUCGAUGGACACGGCGCUGAUCAGUCAGAUUCCCAUGACACAAUUUGGCUUGGGCAGCAGCCAGGCGCCCGAGGAGCUGGAGGCGUUGUGCUCGGGCAGCUUUGCGACGCAGCAGGGGCCCACGCAGCAGCCUGAGGAAGUGUCCCAGCCCCAGCAGAUAGCCAACAAAAUUGUGUCCAGCGAUGAGGAGCAGCAGCAGCUGGCGACGGACAAACCGCGCAACAAAAAACUCACCAAGAAGAAGCCCAAGAAACGAGCCUUGGGCUUCUCCGAUGACGAAGAGAGCGAAGUGGAGGAGUGCGAGGAGGAGUUGGAGGAGGAGGAGCAGCAGCUGGAGGAACCCCUCGAGGAGAUACCCGAAACCUUUGUCGACUACGACUCCGAGGAGAACGAAAUCCUGGUGGAAAUGACCAAAAAAGAUCGCAAUUUGCGCGCCAGCAACUAUGUGGAGAAGGAGGCGGAACUCUCGGAGUCCGAGUGGGGCUCUGCCGACGAGGAUGAGAAUAAUAUGGACACCUACGACAUCGAGCUGGGCGAUGAGGAUGAGUUCGAUAAGGAGAAGCUGCGCAGCGAGCUCGGACAGAUUCAUGCUCGCAAAAUGCUCGAUCAGGACAUACGCGAGGUGCGCAAGAUCAAGGAAAUGUUGUUCGAGGACGACGAGGGCGCCGUGCGACAGCGUCAGUUUCGCUGGAAGAAUGUGGACAGUGGCUUCAGCCUGGAGGAUCAGCAGCGCCCGGAGAAUGGCGGCGAGGGCAAUGGCGAGGGCAGCGGCGAUGAGGAGAACGAGCACAUGUGGCGCAAGAUUCGCUACGAGCGGGAGCAGCUCCUGCUGGAGAAUGGCCUGAAAGCGGAGGCUGCCACGCCGCUUUCUCCUGCAGGCAACGCCUUCCGCAGACUGAACAUAAUCACAGCCAAAAAGACCACUGUGGAGGUAAAGAAGAGCUCGCCCUUCCUGAUCUCAAAGGGUGCGACUGGUGGACAGCAGAAGAGCACGGUGCGCGGCUCGUUCCUGGUGCGGGACAGCGAGACGCUCAGCAAACUGGCAGGAAUGACCAAGGGACGCGCUGGCCAAGACGGAACGGCAGGGACUGUUUCCACGAAGGCGGCCAACUCCAAGAACUUUGUGUUUGCCACGCUCACAGAGGAGGAACAUGAGAAUCAAAAACGCAAAGCGGCGGAUUUGCUCAACAGCAGCAGCGAAACGGGAGUUAAUUUCAUGAAGAAACCACGCCUGGAGCCACGUCGGGAGAAGUGCCUUAUUGAUCAGCUUCUUUAAUAUAUAGUUAUGUUCUUAAAUUAGCCAUAAACUAUGAUUAGCAAAAUAGUCUUUUAAGUCGUUUUAAAUAAAAACCACAUUUCCAUUAA